AUGGCAUGUGACAGUUUAUACUUCCUGCCUUCUGAAAUUGCCCGUCUGGUUUUAGGAUAUCUACAAGCGGAAGGCUACAGCAAAACGUACAAGAACUUUAUAAAAGAAUGUCCUCAUCUAAGCGAAUACGUCAGUUUCAUGAAAAAGGGCCAGUAUUACCCAUUGACAAUCAAUGGCUUGGCUCUUCUACAGAUCCUGGAAGAAUACGGUUCUCUAAGAGUGGCAGAAUCUACCAGAAAGUUGACUCCUAACCCAGCUCUAAAUUCUCUGUGGUGCCAGUUUGAUUCAGUUGUGGACAAUAUAAAAAAGCGUGUGGCUUCUAAUUCAAAUUUGGCAUACAAAGGAAAUGAGAAACAAGGGUCAAGGACAAGAAUGCAGAUGGCACAAAGACGGCGUAAUCAGAUCAAAACCUCCGUGAUCAAUGUUGAUCCUGAUGUUAUUCAGCCCCACAACUCUAGAACAACUGUCACACCAUUGGUGAUUACACAGAAAAACCCUGUGGACAAAGAUGAAUCAGAUUACAGCAUGUCACAAUCAGCUUCACCAUCAGACGUUGGAGAAGGUGGUGAUGGUAAUGAUUCUGAUGUGUAUGAAAUGUCAGUGGAUGAAACUAGUGGAACUGAAAAAACAGAAAUACCUACCUCACAAUCAGCUACAGGAAUUCCAAGUGACUGCAACCAUAAUAGUGCUUUACUAAGUCCCAGACCAGCUAAUCAGAAUUCAGUUGAUAAGAACAAUCCAUCAGAAUGCUCAACAAUCAAUACUAUAACAGAAUCAACUGCUACAGAUACUCCUGUGGUAUUAACAUCCCCAGCCAUGAUGGCAUGUACAACAGAAGCUGCAAGUGUAGGAAGGGAAAUUACUGAUAUUCCAGGCUCCCCAGCAGCUUCCAUUGGCAUUGUGCCAUCCCUUAAAACCCCAGUCAAACAUAAUACCACUCUGGAGCCUGCGAUGGAGAAGUCACCAAGAAGGAAGAGACCACCUAAGAGGAAACCACAGGGUGAUCACCGUAGACAAAAUAAAUCUGACACCAGUGCUACACAAGGUGUUAGUAGCCAAAAUGAAAGUAGUAAUAGCACAGAUGGGUCAGCUCUGGAAAACUCCUUCCCUCAAAUACUAGAGCACAUCAUGAAUGACCCAUUGCUUCCUCACAAACUGGCAGAGAAUAUCAACAAAAGUUUACACCCAGAGGUGAUCCCAGACCCUGGUACUCCAGCUGCCCUGCCUCCUGUGGACGUGGUUCCUGAGAGUCCCUUCAUGGGUCGCUCCCUAGAGGACAUACUGGACCAACAGGAAACACAAAUGCCAGCAUCUUCCAUCAAUGGAAUUAUUGAGCUGACAGAAAAAGAUCCCAAUUUUGAGUGGCUGUUCUCUGCAGGCGUCAGCUAUCUUGAUGAGGCUACUCAUGACCGUGAUUUUACAGACAACAAGAAUCGUAGUAAUGCACUUCAGACUUCAACCAGAAAUAAUACAAAACCAAUACAAUCUGGUUCCUCGGGCUGUAAUGAAGAUUCAGCUCCAGAAGCCGGUAUGUCCUUUGGUGGAGUGACAUCAGAAAAUAUACCAUUUACACACUCUCCAAGUUUUAUGCCAAUAUCAGAAGACCCUGAAAGCAACCUGUUUAAACUUCCUGCUGAACCAAAUUUUGCUAAUACUUCAACAAGUAAUGUGGAGUCUUUUCACAACCUUACUCAAUGUACUACUAAUGCAGUGCAGUUUCCAGAUACAAGCAGUAUAAAUUCCUCAUCCUUACAGCAGCAAUCUCUGACUGAUCUUGGUGUUGCAGCCCAAGUGACUGCUAAUGACAUUGCUUCUCAGCAAUUUGCUACCUCAGCUGUACAAAGUGUGACUAUGUGUGUGACAGCUCAGCCAUUGGCAAGUGUUGUCACAUCCCAUCAACCAAUCACAUCUAGACCUUCGUCCCAGCCGUUCACAACAGCAGUGACAUCUGUAAAGCCAAUUACCUCAUCUUUCUCAUCUGAUAUUAGUGAAGGAAGAGUUGAAUCAACAGUAACCUCCCCUCACGGUUUUCCUGUGCUGUCUCUCAGGAGCUCUGUCUGUGAUGAUGACCUGCCUGAUCCGUUAUCAUCAUUUACUAUACAAUCUCCAGUCAAGCCAUGUGUGUCGAGUCAGUGUCACACCAGUGAAGGAACAAGUAGUGUUUCAUCGGCCUCUUACUCAUUGUUUGUGAGUGGCAUGAAUGGAGGACAACACAGCAGUACUCCCACCACUGUCAGGUCCAAUACUCUUGCUCUGCCAUGUAUGACUAGCAUUGCCACUAGUGUAGACUUCACCAAACUUUCUUCCAUUGCUCAAACUACUUCCCAAAUGGUGUUUUCCAGGCCCAAUUCCUCUGUUCAGUCUAUAUCUCCAAGAUCUUUGCCAACCAUCAACAUUCGUAGCCUUAUGGACAAACUGGAAGCUAAAGCCAAAGGAGAGAUAGUAGAGAUAGACCUACAGCCUAACCCAGCACCUAAACCAAGCACCAAAUGUCGAGGUAGGAAGAAAAAUCCUCUGCCAAAAAAGUCUUCCCCAAAACGUGUCCAGCCUAAACCGUUAAGUCCUUCAGGUGGAGGCAGUUGGUCAUCAGAAUUGUCAGCUUUAGUGAAGAUUGCAUCUCCUGAAAAAUCCUCAUCACAGGUCACACAGAGGUCAAUCAUAAAAAGGUCAUGUGUUACAAGGUCAAGUAGCAUAAAGACAACAGAUGUGAACAGUGAUCAGACAGUUCUACAGACAAGGCCCAGGAAAACUAAAACAAAGAAAGCAAAUGAAACAUUGAUGGCAGUUUUGUCACCAAGUGGUAGCUCUGUGCACCAUGUACCUGUUCUGGAGGUUAACUCCCUCAGUGAGGUCCCUGAUGCUAAGGAUUUAGUUCCCAUGGGAGAUCUUGUUCCAACUCAUUUACCUGUGCUGUCUUCAUCACAUGUAACCACGGCAAUAACACAAAAUUCAGUGACGUCCCAGAGUAACAUGUCUUCAUCCCCUGUGAUAGUUACAUCAUCAUGUUUACCAUUUGUACAGACAGAUGCCCCUCAGACUCCCCCAACUACAACCAUUCACACAGAAUUUCCUAGUAUGCCAGACAUAUGUGGUGGUCAGCCUUCUCUACCUGUACCAGCUAAUACCUGUGACAACUCUAAAGACACCCAACUAGAUCAUGCUUCUGUCCUCAACGAUGCGUACUCUGCAGAUCGUGACUUUCUGGAGUCCCCCAACCCUGAUGCUGCUGGUUGUAGUGGUGAUGGGUCUGCUGAUCAUGGAAUGGAGACAGGCAUGAAGUCACUUAAUGAGGAUCUCAAUCGUUAUUGUGGAAUUCCUAUUGACAAGUUAACACAAAAAGAUAUACAUGUUCGACCACUUGACUUUGGUUCAGCAAUACCUAACGUAAGUCUGACAGAGGUUUCUCCUCCAAUCAGACAGCCAUCUUUUGGUCGCGGUAAGAAAACACCAGCCAGAAGCAAGAAGGUAAUUGGUAGGCCUCCAGAGAGAAGAUCAACACGUGGAAAGUUAACUACUGGUGAGAACAUCAACAAUUCUCCAACAGCAUCAAGAGAAAUAAAACCACCUUCACCACAGAAUGUAAUGACUCCAACUAAAACAAGUAUUUCCAACGAUCAGUUUGACUCCUGCCCAGAGUUGACAGAAGAUCCUUCAUCACAACAAAAAUUUGACUCUCCGCUACAGAGUAAGACAUUAAAGGGAAAAUCUUCCAACACUCCAUCAUGCCAAGCCAAAAAUACCCUGACGGUAACACCAUGUCGAGCCAGGGAUCUUUGCAAUGAGCCAGAAUUCACACCCUUUCAAGACAUUGACUAUAGUCCAGCAGGUACACCCAGUCAGCUAACAAUCUGUACCCCAACUCGCUCAGAGGAAACAGCAACACAGGGAGAGUCAUCUCAACGACAAAUUUUAACUCUAGGAAAUGUGGGUGCGUUAAGUCUGCAGGAAGUUGGAAAAUCGCCGUCUUAUUAUGAUGAUAUGGUAAAUCAAGACUGUGUUUCAUCUCACCAAGUCCCUUUAUUAUUUAAUUCUGAGCAAAACAGCCAUAAUCCACCAACUGGGUCAAAUGAGAAUAUCUCGGAACUUAAAGACCAUUGUGAAAAUGUGGCUAAAGAAAUUCAAGAGAAAAUUCAAAAUUCUCAAUCAGUCUUGGGUAGUGCACAGGAAGUAGCAGAAUCAGAGAUCAGUAGUGCUGUGUUUUCAAUCCAAGAUACUGUCACUUCUAGAGAAAUUAGUAACACAAUGGAAAAUAGAGAUACGAUAGUCCCAGUCAUCAAACCAAGUUCAUCAAUCCCUGAGUACACCCCUUCACAAGUCACUCAUGAAGAAGAUUCUGGAGGCCAUCAAUCUAACAAUGAUAAUCGACAAUUACAGACCCAGAUUGACCAUCAAUCUGACUCACAGACUGACCAUCAAUCUAACACUGAUAAUCAGCAAUUACAGUCCCAAACUGAGGUCAAGGACAAGAAUGAGGAGUCAGUUUCAAAAGACGCAAUCUGUGAUCGCCAGUCAGGUAUCAGUAUUCAGAAAGUAACUAAUUCUAAUCUCAACACAUACAAUACAAUAAACACACAUCAAGCAGCAGAUGUUUCAAACCAACUAGACCAUCAGGAUGUCAACCAAUCACAUGGCCAUGUUAUAAAUCAAUCACAAGACAUUGACCAAUCACAAGACUACCAAAAUGUUGAAAGUGUUUCACAUUCAAAAGGAAGUUCAACUAAUAUAUUAGAAGAUGCUUUGAAGCAGGUGUUUUCUACUCCAGAUUCACAGCAGACUGUUUUCAGUCCAGCACCUGUUGUGCCUGGUACCCAAGGAACACAGUUCGUGAUUAGCUCACCUGCAAAUAGACAGCCUGCAUCUUGUAAAGGGCCAACUCCCCAAGUGCUCAGUUCUACAACACCUGCAGUUAGUCAGAAUGCAUUAAUUGUUUAUUCUCCAGCUCCUGUCCAAACAAGGUUGCCCAUAGUUGCCUCAACUCCGAUAGUUCACUCAGCAGCUUCAGUGUCAACUCACUUUGUUAAAUCACCUGCUCCCGUCAUGACACCAGCAACAUUCAUAGUUACAUCUCCGACUUAUCCAGUGAUAGUCAAUUCACCUGCACCAAUCCUCAGUCAGUCCCAAUUUGUUCUGAAUUCACCUGUCACUCCUUUGAUGGUGAAGUCCCCAGCGACACCAUUGAUAGUCCAUUCCCCUGCUACUCCACAAAUAGUCCACUCACCUGCUGCAGUGAUGUCUACUGCCCCAUACAAAAGUGUGUGUUCUCCUGCUCAACACAAAGUUCCCUCGAGAGCUCCCACACCUCAAAUGGAGCCUGCAGACUUCAUUCCUGAUCGAUCUGGCACAAUCUACGUAACACCAAAUGUGCUGGCUCAGAUGUCUUGUGAGAAAGGUUUAGUUGUGCAGCAAGAGAGAGCUGUCACUACCACCUCCCUUAUGCCUUGUCCAGGUACUAGUUCUGCUGUAGACAAUGGUGAUGUUAUUCAACGGCCAGAAGUAGAUCAAUCGCCCCAUGGGCAGUGUCAGUCUGACCAAGAUAUCUUUACAGAGACAACUGAUGAUGAAGUGGCUGAACCUACUCCAGGACCAUCAAAACUGCCCACCAUCACAGAGGUCUCCCACGAUAUUGCCAAGAUUCCUUCCCUUUUUGAUACCAUGGAUGGACACAACCAAGUUGUAACACAGUCAGAGAACACAUCACCUCACUACAGUAAAGACAGACACAGUCCGAGGUACUUUUCUGCACUGAGCAAUAGUAAUGACACUCCUGUAUGUGAUCCAUCCUCUACAGAAGAUACUUGUCCAAGUAGUACAAACACUGCAGAUUUACAGAAUGAUCCUGAUGAUUCUACAAAAGUUGUUACCGUGAAUAAAGACUUCCAGCAGAGUGACAGUGAUGAAGACAUAGAUAUAUUAGGGGACUGGGACCAUGAUUUGUCAGCAGGAGAGAGAGUUAUGGUUACAGAACACACGAUCAGCCAUGAAAGUACUCCUUUGUCAAGUGAUUCUAACAGUCCAUCUAAAAAGUCAGCCUGGCAAGCUGGCUUUGCCACAAAACCUUCUUCAACCACUUCAGCUUUCAUCAGGAAAAUUCUAGAGCAGAAAAGUACAAGACAGAAUUUGGAAAAGAAAAGUGCCGAAUGUGCAGAAAAAGUUUCUUUAAAGACACAAACUACUACUCAAAAAAUAACCAAAAACUCUGAAACCUCUGUCACUGUGUCGCCAGAGAACAGGCCUGGAGUUGGCAAUCAAAAAGAGAAAGCUCCACGACGAGUACAAGUAAUAACCUUAAGUAAAGAAGUCUCCAAGGGCAGUAAAGACUCUCAAAAUGCUCUGCAGAGUGCUCGAGGACCAUUCAAACAUCCUCAAGAAUUUACCCCAAGGAAAAUAUCACAUACAAGUAGCAAACUUAGUAGCCAUGUGAAACAUUUAGUUGGAAAAGAUAUGGGUUCAGGUGGUGAACAUUCUGUGGAGAAAGAUGUGUCGUCACACCAACACUAUGUCACACCACCCAAAAAGAGGUUCACAGCAUCACUUAAAAGUGGAGAUGGACUAUACUUUGUGUCUGAAACACAAGGCAGUCUAUCAACUGAUAAACAUUCACAUGAGAAAGACCGUCACAAUUUUAGUGCUAAGACAUCACAUUCAGAACCAAGUCCACGAAGAAAUAGAAAAUCAACUAUGAUCCCAAGAAAAGACUUGGAUGUUAUUCACAAAACUUCAACUAGCCUUCAUAGACCAGAUGAAAGUCUGACUCGUGCUCCUUAUAAUCACAACACUUCAGAAAGGACAUCGCAAAGUCCUCAUAGAAAAUCUUCAGAGAAGACAUUACAAAGUCAUUCUCACAGAAAAUCUUCACAGAAGACAUCGCAAAGCCAUUCUCGUCAUAAAACUUCAGAUAGGAUGUCACAGAGCCCAUCUCAUCACAAAACAAAGGAAAGGUCAUCACCAAGUCCAUCUCCCCAUAGAACUAAUUUUAUCAAGAGCACAGAAAGUCCUUCAAGAUAUAGUAGUCAAAAUCUGGAGAGAGUUAAUGCUAGUCCAGGUAUUAGACGGAAAGUUUUUGAAACCAGUGUGGAUAAAGAAAGACUUGGGAAAAGUAAAGAAAAGACUGCUCAUGAAUGUGUAGAUUAUGAGAAAAGUAUGGAGAGAGACCGCACAAGUUCCUCUCUAGAGCGAUCUAAUUCUUCAUCAGCGUUUUGUAGGACACCUGCUACAGACAUGACCCAAAGUCAACCAUCUCCAAAACGAGGUCACAAACGUAGAGAGAGCAGCUGCCCAGUCGGGGAGGUCAAAUCAAAACGUACCAAAAAGAGCAACAAGCCUAUAGAUUUAACCAAAUUGGAUGUGGACAGAUUUCUGAACAGUGAUGUCUACAUCAAGGGUAUCUUGGAAAAGUGAUGCGGAUUCAGUAGUUCCAAUACUAUUUAAAAGUGAUAAAGAUGUUCAGCAUAGCAACAACACCUGAGUGACAGGACCUUGACAUAUGAGCAGCACAGCUUGUCAUUGGACAUUUGUGUUUCCUUGUACGCUGAGUUAUAACAAGGUUAGCAGGCCAUGGAUAACAUUGUUUCCUUG